UGGCUGCUAGCUGUGUAAAACCGAGAACUGCCGAGAGCCGACUCCUGGUGUCCAUUGCAGUGUUGGAGUGGGGCUAGCAGGGCAAUGGAGACCCGAACAGUGCCGAAGAGAGUUCCCUGACCAGUGUGCCGAUCGGGUUUAGUCAGAUUGCACUUGUACAAGAACAUUAUCCAAAAGUAGUUCUAACAUGGCCAGUUUAAGGAUUUUUGGGGCUCUCAGAAGAUUUCCCCGAAACAAUUAUGAGUGCGUUAUUAGAUCAGGCCAUCAGACCUCUCUUAGAUUUUUAGCAACUUCAGUGUCCAAUAAGCAUACAAAAUACAAAAUCGUCGAGGAUGUGGCUGUUAUCACAUUGGAUUCUCCAGGUGUCAAGGAGAAUACCUUGAACGCUGAACUGGUUCAAGAACUGCAGGGUCAUCUCGAACAAAUCGAGAGUAAUUCUGCUGUUAAAUCUGCGGUCGUAAUGAGUGGCAAACCAAACAGUUUCGUUGCUGGGGCUGAUAUCUUAAUGUUGCAGAGUCUCAAGACAGAAGACGAAGUUUAUCAAGUGGCAAAAGAGGGUCAAAAAGUUCUGGAUAGAGUGGCCGCCAGCAAAAAACCUUUUGUUGCUGCUGUUCUGGGUACUUGUAUGGGAGGUGGUUUGGAGCUGACACUCGCUUGUCAUUAUCGCUUAGCUGUGAAUGACAAGAAAACACUGAUAGGAUUGCCAGAGGUUAAGCUCGGUCUCCUACCUGGUUGCGGAGGAACUCAGAGGUUACCCAAGCUGAUAGGGCUACCACAAGCCCUCAGUAUGACCCUCACUGGCACCCCAUUAAAGGCUGAUAAAGCUAAGAAGUUUGGAAUAGUUGAUUUACUAGUUAAUCGACUCGGACCAGGUGUUAGUACAGCUGAGAACAAUACACUCAGAUACUUAGAGGAGAUAGCGAUAAAAACAGCGAAGGACUUGGCUUCCGGCCAAUUAAAGGUGAACCGUGGUCCCAAAUCCAUUGUACAAAAAAUUACAAAUUGGGCAUUAACUUUGGACAUCGUAAAAGAUCAAAUAUUCAAGAAAUCUAAGCAACAAGUAAUGAAAAUGACGAAUGGUUUGUAUCCAGCACCUUUGAAAAUUAUGGACGUGAUUCGUACAGGACUUGACAAGGGUUCGGCAGCUGGAUUUGAAGCAGAGGCCCGUGGUUUCGCCGCUUUAGCAAUGACUCCAGAGUCCAAAGGCCUUAUAAACCUGUUCCUCGGUCAGACUGCAUGCAAAAAGAAUCGUUUUGGAGCUCCUAAAAACCAACCGAAGAAGCUUGGAGUGAUUGGGGCUGGAUUGAUGGGUGCAGGUAUUGCCACUGUUAGUAUUGACAAAGGGUACAUUGUGGCAUUGAAGGAUACCACUGAAUCUGGACUUUCCAGGGGCAUUGGACAAGUGCAGAAAAAAUACGAGGAUGGGCUCAAGCGAAAGCGCAUCAGUCAGGUGGAAAAGGGCCGAAUAAUGGCCAACCUCAUUCCCACGUUGAAUUAUACUGAUUUAAAGGAUGCCGAUAUUAUUAUCGAAGCAGUCUUUGAAGAUUUAGCUAUCAAGCACAGAGUAAUUAAAGAACUUGAGGCCACUGUCCCUGAACAUUGCAUUAUCGCCUCAAACACGUCAGCUAUACCAAUCACUAAAGUUGCUGCCGGCAGCAGUCGCCCUGAAAAAGUUAUUGGUAUGCACUAUUUCUCACCAGUAGAUAAAAUGCAACUUCUUGAGAUCAUCACGCACAAGGGAACAUCCACAGAAGCAAUAAAAACUGCGGUAGAUGUUGGAUUGAAACAGGGAAAAGUUGUUAUCAUUGUUGGUGAUGGUCCUGGAUUCUAUACAACUAGAAUUCUCAGUACUAUGUCAACGGAAAUGUUGAGAUUGCUUCAGGAGGGCAUGGAUCCCAUACGUUUGGAUAAACUUACAAAGAAAUUCGGAUUCCCUGUUGGUAUUGUGACACUUGGUGAUGAGGUGGGCAUUGAUGUUGGAUCACACAUUGGUGCUGAUCUUUCCCGAGAGUUUGGGCCACGGUUCCAAGGGGGCGACAUUGGAAUCAUGAGUGACAUGGUUAAAGCCGGAUAUUUGGGCCGAAAAUCGGGGAAAGGAAUUUAUGUCUACGAAGCUGGUAAAAAAGACCGAGAUGUGAACCUUGGAGCUUUGGAUAUUCUGAAGAAAUAUCACCUCGAGCCGAAAGGUAGCACUACCGAUGAAGAUCUUCAAAUGAGGAUGGUCACUCGAUUCGUGAAUGAAGCUGUACUGUGUCUUGAAGAAAAUAUCCUGGCUAAUCCUCUUGAGGGAGAUAUUGGCGCCGUAUUUGGUCUUGGUUUUCCACCAUUCACAGGCGGUCCAUUUAGAUGGGUCGACUCCUAUGGGGCCGCUAAUAUUGUCCGGAAGAUGGAAGAGUUUGCUAGCCAUUACGGUGAUGCAUUCAAACCCUGCCAAACCCUGUACAACAUGGCAGCAGAUUCAACGAAAAAGUUCCACUCCAAGUAGAGAAGAAUAUUGAAGAAUUUAUAGAUUUUUACAAUUUCUAAGAGAAUUGCCGGCAGUGCGGAAUUUGACGACUUGAUAAAAGCUGUUUAGAAAGUAUUUGAGAUUUUCUAUGAAUCAGCGCUAAAUAUAUUUGACUUAGGGAUCUUCGAAAUCCUUUCAAUGAGUUACAGAACAUUUUCGUUCAGUGUAUAAAAUAGGCGUACCUCAAAGGUAAUUAGUCAAAAAGAGAAGAAUUCCCUGUCGAAGGACUCAUUCAGUCAACUCGUGUGUGCUCUUUAUGAAGAAUAAUUGCAUUUUAUACGGGAAAUGUUUACAUUUCCAUAUUUUCUAGGAAUAUUGAAAAAUUGUUAUAAAUAUAUUUUUUGAAGAAUGGAAGAUGUUAUUCUCACAUCCAGAGAAAUGAUGAGAAACCAUAAUGUAACAAAUUUUACACAAUGCAUAAAUGAUUUCAUUACUUUCCAUUAUUA